AUGGUAAAACAAAUUACUUUGCAUGAUGAAUUAUUUCAAUGGACAAAUCGACGAAUUGGAUUACAUCGGGACCAUGCAACUUUCGACUGGUUACGGUCAGAACCGAAUCCACUAUCACCACUUCAAGAAAUUUAUCGUAUUCAGGAAACACUGGACAAUUAUCCUGGCUUUAAAGUGCAGUCAGUAGCUGUGAUGUUGACAGGUGAGGCAUUUUAUGAAGACAUGACAGGUGUUCGUGUCGCUGCCACGCCACAUGAAUUAGGUGUCGAGCUUAUCGAACAGAUCUACUUGUUGUGCCUCCAUAAGGGCACCUCUGUGGAUCUCAACAAUUUGUAUUUCACGCCACUGAGAACAGUUUAUGUAGAACCGCCAUUUUAUUAUAUUAAGAUCACAGUGCGAGCAGUAUUGGAAGCAAUGCAAAUCACAGAAGUGAAUGAAUAUCGACGUGAAGUAAGCGAAGCAAGAAGCAUGAAGGAGAUGAGCAACGCGCAGUUCAGUGAUCUGUCAUCAUUUGGACGAAAAAAGAAGCAAAGAACUAAUUCGACACAAAGUAUGAGCGCAUCCAGUACGGAAGAUACUGCAAAGUGGAGACCAUCAAUUUCACAGAGCGAACUUUUCACUGGUAGUUUCGAGACAAUCCGAGGUACAUCAUCAGGUAAGGACAGUCAAUUGUUAGUGGGACAGGGGGCAGUUGAAGUGAUAUAG